AUGCCAGAACACGCAUCUGAUAUAUCUGAUAUCACUUCAAAUUCCGGCAUAUGUCAGAAGUCGAAGACCUGUAAAUCAUUGGAAGACAAGAUGAUGGAUGAAAUCUUGGAUAAGGCACAAAAGAAAAGAAUGAGUUGGCGAUUAGAUAAGGCAAAGAAAGCCCACGAAUUGACUGCCUCCGACAAUUCAGAAACGAUUCCAGAAGAGACAGAGUCUCGAGUUUCCAAAUUGCUAAUCUCCCGAAUUUAUGUUGUAGAUUCGAAAUUAUUCAAUCUCGGGAAAGUUCUUGAUAUUGAGAGUAAUAUAGGCGGAAAUAAUAAUGGUCACCUUUACAAGAAAGAACGGUCACCGGCUGUUGCCAGGCAUGAACACGCUCUACUUGUACUUCUAUCACAACUGCCGGCUGUUGCCAGAGCACAGCGUAAUAGGGUUGGAGGUCGCUUCCAUGGAUCAACUACUGGCGCAGACCUCUACAAGAAAGAACGGUCACCGGCUGUUGCCAGGCAUGAACACGCUCUACUUGUACUUCUAUCACAACUGCCGGCUGUUGCCAGAGCACAGCGUAAUAGGGUUGCAAAGGGAGCGUCUAAAUGGUGCCUGGAAGCAUUCGUGAACAAGUUUAUAGACGAGAAAGAGACGGAACUAAGUUUUGAACAAAUCCAAGAGCUCUUUUUGUCUAACCUACAACAAAUUAUUAACCAGAAGAAUGUCGAUAGUCCUAUUCGUGCAUUCUGUGCAGAUUAUACUGAAUGGAUACAAUCGUGGAAGGGGCAAGCAGUUUCGAAGGCAUGUAAGGAGUUUUAUGAAGAAUGGAUAGAUCUAGGAAUAUCUUUACGGCAAAAACGCAAACAUAAGGAAAUCGCCGAGGAUUUCGUUUCUGAAAAUGCGAAAUAUAUAGCAUUUCGAAAUACCAUUAGCCAAAGGCCCAAAAGAGCUCAAACGCCUUCACACCAGUCACGGGCUCAAACGCCUCCGCACCAGUCACGGGCUCAAACACCUCCACCUAAGUCGUCACGAUCCCUGACACCAACAACACCGAAUAAAAGGAUGAUAGAACACGAAAAAGUCAAACAGUACAUUGAAUCAAUCCAGAUCGUGUGCAUGUUUGGCACAAAUAAAUCUAAAUCGGAGGAACUAGUAGGAAAAGAUUUGGCAAGCAAGAUAUCCUCAUAUCGAAAGCGGAUACCUUCCACCUGGACAAAUAGUUUAGAGAAAUACUUGAAAAAUGCGUUUAAUUUAUAUGAAUCCACUUUUGGAACUUUAGAAUUCGACUGGAUAGAAUCUCAUGCGCAAUCAGCAAAAAUUAUGAAGUCUUCGAUUGAUUCAGGAAUAUUAUUAGUAGACGUUAAUGGAGUUCGGGUCAGAGAUUACAAAGAAAUUUUUCACAUGGAGGUCUCAGGACCGCCAAGCAACCCAACAAUUCGUCAUACUACGGGUGACACAAAGAAGACAUUACACACUGACAUAUUGAAUUUGGUGGAUGUUUUAAGAGAUCAUCUUGAUCUUGAUGUGAAGUUAGCAAAGGAAGUUAAAGUGUAUAGUAUGCAAGUCAUUGCAUACCGGCUGACAUUGUAUGCCCUUAGUAUGAUGGAAGACGGUAGGUUCGUUGCGUAUGAGUUGUCAUCUGCGGAGUUGCCAUUUGACUUUGAUUCACGUUCAAAGUACAUGGCAGUCCUGCGGAUGAUGGCUAUUUUCCAUGACGAAAUAGUCCAUCAGACAGUUAUCAUGAACGAAAUAGAUAGUAUUCUCAUUCCUUCCGAAGGCACAU